AUGAAUAGACAAGUUUGUCGCCGAGCUGCCAGUUCGGCGUCACUUGUUAAUAAGACGCCUUUGACUCAACUUGAUAAGAAAUGGGCGAAAAUUUGGCUUGAAGAGUCUGGGUCUUUUCAUCCAGGAAAGAAAAAUGUUGAUCCAAAUGCACCUUCCUUCUAUUGCUUGUCCAUGUUUCCCUAUCCUCUGGGAACACUCCAUAUGGGUCAUUUGCGGGUCUAUACUGUCAGUGAUGUUAUGGCUCGCUUCAAACGCUUGAAAGGAUUCAAUGUAAUCCAUCCCAUGGGCUGGGAUGCAUUUGGGCUUCCAGCUGAGAACGCCGCCAUUGAACGAGGCGUGAACCCGGCAGUAUGGACAAAAUCUAAUAUCAGCAAGAUGAAAGAUCAAAUGCGUCUCAUGUUGGCUGAUUUUGAUUGGGAUCGUGAGGUGACCACUUGCUCUCCUGAUUAUUAUAAAUGGACACAAAAAAUAUUUUUACUACUAUAUGAACGUGGUUUGGCGUACCGGAAAGAAGCUGAAAUCAACUGGGAUCCCGUGGACAAAACAGUAUUAGCUAACGAACAGGUCGAUGCUGAAGGGCGCUCAUGGAGAAGCGGUGCCCUCGUCGAGAAGCGAAAUUUGAAGCAAUGGUUCAUCGGUAUAACACAAUACGCUGAAGCUUUGGAGAAGGAUUUGAAGCUACUUAACGGGUGGCCACUGAAAGUUAAGGCAAUGCAAAAAAAUUGGAUUGGAACUUCAAAAGGUGCAGAAGUCAAAUUCCCUACCAACAACGGUAGGGUCAUCACUGUCUAUACUUCUCGUCCAGAUACCUUGUUUAGUGUUCAAUUUGUCGCUAUAGCUUUGAAUCACCCAAUUGCUCAAGAGAUUGCCAGGAAUGACCCUAAACUCGAACAAUUCAUUAAUAAAAUGAAAGAAAAGGAUGACCCUGAAUCCAAGGAUGGGUAUCUCUUGCAAGGAACAAAGGCAUCAAUUCCGAUAGACUUCGCUAACAAGAAAUCACAGAAAUUUGACGUUCCAGUAUACGUUGCGCCCUAUGUUUUGGGCAGCUAUGGCCAUGGUGCUGUCAUGGGUUGUCCAGGGCAUGACGAUCGAGAUUAUGCUUUCUGGAAAUUACAUAAUGCUGAUAAGCCUAUCUUACAGGUUGUAUCUUCUGGCAAGGAAACCCCGGUACCUUUCACUGGUAAAACCGGCACACUUGAAGUUAGGCUGGAUCAAUUUCCUUUGGGACCUCUUUCACUUGGUAAUUAUGCUGGAAUGACGAAUACUGAUGCGGGUAAGAGAAUCACGGAGGUACUCUCCACUCUUCAAGCAGGUGGGCCUUCGACACAAUUCAAAAUCCGCGACUGGCUCAUCUCGCGGCAGCGUUUUUGGGGUGCUCCAAUCCCUAUUGUGCAUUGCAAUGAGUGUGGAACAGUUCCUGUGCCCGACGAUCAACUACCCGUACUUUUGCCUGAAAUUGAAGGUGAAAUUUUCGGGAAAGGAAAUCCAUUGACUAAGCUUCCAGAAUUUACGAAAACAACAUGUCCUAGUUGCGGCUCUGAAAAUGCACGCCGCGAAACUGAUACUAUGGACACUUUUAUGGAUUCCUCCUGGUACUUUUUCCGAUACCUAGAUGCUCACAAUAGCUCGGAACCUUUCGAUAAGGACUUAGCUUCGAAGCACAUUCCGGUGGAUAUGUACAUUGGUGGUGUGGAGCACGCAAUUCUUCACUUGUUGUAUUCAAGAUUCUUGGCCAAGUUUUUGGCAGACGUAGGGAUGUGGAAUUCUGAGUUGGCUAAAGCAAAUCACUUUGAGCCUUUUCUUCAAUUGGUGACUCAAGGCAUGGUUCAUGGUAAAACCUAUACUGACCCUGUUACCGGUCGGUUUUUGAAGCCUGAUGAACUUGAUGAGCGGAAGCUCAUCAAAGCGACGGGUGCAACACCGAAGAUUAGUUAUGAGAAGAUGUCAAAGUCAAAAUACAAUGGUGCUGACCCUGCUGAAUGCAUCGCGAAGUAUGGUGCUGAUGCUACCCGAGCCCAUAUGUUGUUUCUGGCACCCUUGUCCGAUCAGUUGAAUUGGAAUGAGGAACACAUCGCUGGGAUUACGAGAUGGUUGGACAAAGUUUUAGGAUUGGCUUCUCAAAUCGGCCAAUAUGCUAAUGAAAAUACGAAGCGUCCAUCAAGUGAUGAAUGUUUCAACGAAAAAGAAUUGAUUAAGUUGUAUAAUGGUACCUGCCUUGAAGAUGCCAUGUUGAAUCAGGCUGAGUUUGAUUUGAUUAAUGGGGUUAGCACCUUUAUCAAUAGAAUCUCGAAACUGAUUGAUGAAGAGUUGGGGUUCAAUACUAUCAUCUCAGAUUAUAUGAAAAUCACCAAUGAGUUGAUCUCGGCGAUGAAAUCGGAGAAGUACAUUGACCCCCGCAUAUUGAUACAUUGUUACCAACAACUUGUUGUGGUCAUGGCUCCAGUCACUCCCUCAGUGGCCGAAGAGGCAUGGGAACUUUUACAUCUUGCUCUUAACGAAGAGCACCAAUCGGUGUUCUACCAAAAGUUUCCUGAAGUACUUCUCUUGUCUCUGCCAUACGCCAAUUAUAAUGUUUUCAUAAAUGGUAAGGCGCGGGGGUCGUUGAAAGGACCCAAAGCUUUGGAAAAGCAACCCGAUGAGCUUCUCAAGUUGGUUCUUUCACAAGAGCAAAUCUCCAAACAUGUUCAUGGCGACAUAAAAAAAGUCAUAACCAAGCCUGGGGUAAUUAGUUUGAUCACUAGAAAGUGA